AUGACUUUGGCUGGGUCUCCACGCACCUGCACCAAUCAACGACUGAAUCGCACACAGCUCCAAACACCGAAGCGGUUUGCGAUUUGGUCUGCGAUCUACGGAUACCAGACUCGUCCAACUCCAGACGACAACACCUCGAGUUCGCGAUCCCGACAGACAAGAAACAUGUCAGUCACGCUGCACACGAACUUGGGCGAUCUAAAGAUCGAGGUCUUUUGCGAAAGCGUCCCCAAGACAGCAGAGAACUUCCUCGCCCUCUGUGCCUCCCACUACUACGAUGACUCGCCGAUCCACCGUAUGAUCCCCAAGUUCAUGGCCCAGACCGGCGCGCCCGCGAACCCCUCGCCGCCCGAGAAACCGAAAGGCGGCGCCUCCAUCUGGGGCGGCACCUUCGAGGACGAGAUCCGGCCCGCCCUGAAGCACUCGGCCCGCGGCGUCGUCUCCAUGGCCAACAAGGGCCCCGCGACCAACGGCUCGCAGUUCUUCGUGCUGUUCGACAAGGCGCCGCACCUGGACGGCUUGAACACUGUGUUUGGCCGCGUCAUUGGCGACGAGGGCAUGCUGACGCUGGACCGGAUUGAGGCAGUUGAGGUUGACCGGAAGAACCGGCCCAAGGAACCUGUCAAGAUUGAGAGAGUCACCGUCCAUGCGAACCCGCUAGCUGGUUGA